UUGGGUAAAUAACGUAAUACCAGCACUGUCCACCGGGGGCAGCAGGCUGACUGGAUGAAGAGGUAUUGCGCAUGUCUGUUUUUGUGUUAUUCGACAAACAUGGCGGCGCCCCGCUUGACAGCAGUCCGAGCAACCCUAACAGGUUUCUCCACCUGUCGGUUUCUCUUCACGCAUCGCUUUCAGACCCCAACAGUGUGCCGUCAUUCCCGGCUACAUGUUCAGUCCUCCGCCGGGCUGUGGAGCUCCAGGACCGAGCCGCAGCAGAGUGACCGGACAGGGGGCUCCGCUGGCGUCAGAGCCGAGGAGCAGGAGGAGAUAGAGUACAUUCCCAGGAGAAAGGCCCGGAACCCCAUGAUGAAGAUCGGCUACGCCUGGAUGAUUGGCCUACCUACUGGCAUCGUCGGUUUCCUCCUCGCCAAGAGACAAGUGGACAAAAACCGUCUGAAGCAGAUGAAGAUCAGACAGAGGAUGAAACAAUCGAAUGAGGGCGAAUAUGAAGGGAGUCGCUAUCUGCAGCAGGAACGCCGCUCUAAACUGGACCAGUGACGCACAGCGUGGUAGUUAUUAGGCGUGGACUCCUGAGUGAGGACUACUUAUGGGGAAGAUUUAUUUAAUAAAAGGAACGUGAACCAGGAGACUCAAGAAAAAGUUUAAUAUUAAAAAGUCAAACAGAUUCUAAUAAUAUGUAUUUACAACGUUUCACCUCUCUGCUUUUUAUCCCGUCUGUCUGAAUAAAGGCUCUGUGUAUCUUUG